GCCACAAUAGUUUCCAGUUCACAUGGCGGGAAACGGCACAGCCAAAGAUCAUCUCACGCGCCUCUUCACUCUUCUCUUUACCUCUUUUUCAAUUCUUCUCCCCGCCAUUUUCAACCUCUCUGAUCUUCAUCCAUUCAAAUUCUUCUCGCCGUAAUCGAAGAACUCAGUAGAUCUUCACAAGUUCUUCACUUCUACGCCCAUCUUCUUUCUCGCUAUCUGUAUUUUCGUUAUCAGGGUUUAGGGUUUCAAUCUUCAAUCCCCAAAUGGGAAGCAAGAUGAACGACGAACUCGUUUCCACGAUACGCUCCAUUGUCGGUCCCGACUUCUCCUAUAUGGAUGUUAUCAGAGCCCUCCACUUGGCCAAUAACGACGCCACCGCUGCCAUUAAUAUAAUCUACGAUACCCCUAGUUUCGGAGCGAGGGAUAAACCGCGAGUUCAGGAAAAUUCUGAUGUUCUUCAUGUUCCUUGCGUUCCGAGUUCUGAGAGCAAGCCUGUUGUCUCUACGUCGAAGAGGGUUCGGGAUGAAGGUGCUAAUUUCCCGUCGCCUGAGGAAAGUUCUACUCGGAGUCCGUGUAAUGUUGGUGUCAUCAAGGAUGUCGUCGUGGAAGUCUCUAGUCCAUGUUCGAGUUUGAUUGGGAAUGAGUGGUGGCUCGUUGGCUGUGCUGAAGUGGCCGGGCUGUCUACGGCUAAAGGCAGGAAGGUGAAGCCUGGAGAUGGAGUGGCAUUCACAUUUCCUUCGAGGAAUGGGUGUAAAACACCUUCACCGGCUAAGGUUUUCGGGAAGGGAAGGCACAUGGCCAAUGGUUCGGAGAUUGUGAGGUUUUCUACAAAAGAUUCUGGGGAGAUUGGUCGAAUACCCAAUGAAUGGGCUCGAUGCCUUGUGCCAUUGGUGAGGGAUAAAAAGGUUAGAAUAGAGGGUUCGUGUAAAUCUGCACCAGAGGUGCUGGCCUUAAUGGAUACGAUUCUUUUAUCUAUAAGUAUAUACAUUAACAGUUCUUUGCUUCGUAAGCACCAGCAGACCUCUCUCAAAGCAGCUAGCAAUGCAGCUGCAGAAUCAGUUAUUCAUCCUCUCCCAACUUUGUUUCGGCUUCUUGGUUUAACAUCUUUUAAGAAGGCUGAGUUUACUCCAGAGGACUUGAGUGGAAGAAAACGACUGCUGGACUCAAAGGUUAGUUAUAGUCUGCCAUCCUCAUUAGCGCAUACCUUGAAGAAUUGUUCUCAAAAUGAUAAUGGGACUGAAAAUGAAGAGUCAAUAUCAGAUAUUGAUCUUGAGAAUAUUGUUGGUGCUGGGGAUACUUCGGAGCUGGAGGAAAUGGAUCCACCCAGUGCCUUGCUAUGUGAACUUCGGCCCUACCAAAAGCAGGCUCUUCAUUGGAUGAUCCAUCUGGAGAAAGGAAAGUGCAUGGAUGAGGCUGCAACAACCCUUCAUCCAUGUUGGGAAGCUUAUCGUCUUGCAGACAAGAGGGAACUUGUCAUCUAUUUAAAUUCCUUUUCUGGUGAGGCAACGACAGAGUUCCCAAGCACUCUCCAAAUAGCCAGAGGAGGGAUUCUGGCUGAUGCCAUGGGCCUCGGGAAGACCAUCAUGACCAUAUCACUUCUUCUUGCUCAUUCAGAAAGAGGUGGAGUAUCCAAUAGUCAGCUGACACGUUCCUCCAUUGAGGGUGAUGAAGGAAACAUUGACCAAUCUUUGAAUUCUUUGAAGAAGGCCAAAAUUACAGGUUUUGAAAAGUUGUCGCAGCAGAGGAACACCUUAGCAAGCGGCGGCAAUCUGAUUAUUUGUCCCAUGACUCUUCUAGGACAAUGGAAGGCAGAGAUUGAAGCUCACGUGCGACCUGGAUCUCUGUCUAUACAUGUUCAUUAUGGGCAAACUAGAUUCAAGGAUGCUAGAGCUUUGACACAAAAUGAUGUCGUAAUCACUACCUAUGGGGUUUUAGCCUCAGAAUUUUCUACAGAGAAUGCUGAAGAAGGUGGACUCUAUUCAGUUAGGUGGUUCAGAGUUGUUCUUGACGAGGCUCACACUAUUAAGUCCUCUAAAAGCCAAAUAUCCAUUGCUGCUUCUGCACUAGUUGCUGACCGUCGCUGGUGUCUUACUGGUACUCCUAUUCAGAACAACCUGGAGGAUAUCUUUAGUCUUCUUCGAUUUUUGCGGAUUGAACCAUGGGGAAAUUGGGCGUGGUGGAAUAAAAUCAUUCAAAAACCAUUUGAAGAAGGUGAUGAGCGGGGGCUAAAAUUGGUUCAAUCCAUCUUAAAGCCGAUCAUGCUGAGGAGGACUAAAUAUAGUAAGGAUCGAGAAGGCAGGCCAAUUUUAGUUCUUCCUCCAGCUGAUGUCCAGGUGAUUUACUGUGGACUUACAGAUGCUGAAAAAGAUUUCUACGAGGCACUCUUCAAGAGAUCCAAGGUGAAAUUUGACCAAUUUGUUGAGCAAGGACGUGUCCUUCACAAUUAUGCAUCAAUACUGGAGUUACUUUUACGUCUUCGCCAAUGUUGUGAUCAUCCCUUUCUUGUGAUGAGUCGAGGUGAUACCCAAGAAUAUUCUGAUCUAAAUAAGCUAGCAAAGCGUUUUCUUAAAGGCACUCCAAACACACAGGUAGGAGAAGGGAGAGAUCUGCCUUCUCAUGCUUAUGUCCAAGAAGUUAUUGAAGAGCUUCGCAGCGGUGAACAUGGAGAAUGUCCAAUCUGUCUCGAGGUAUUUGAAGAUGCAGUAUUAACACCAUGUGCUCACCGUAUGUGCCGAGAGUGCCUUUUGGCAAGUUGGAGAAACUCUAGUUCUGGUUUAUGUCCAGUUUGUAGGAAAGCGAUCAAUAAACAGGAUCUUAUAACUGCUCCAACUGAGAAUCGUUUCCAGAUUGAUAUUGAGAAAAAUUGGGUUGAAUCAUCCAAAGUUGUGGCUCUGAUGAAUGAACUUGAAACUAUUCGUUUGUCAGGGUCGAAAAGUAUUUUAUUCAGCCAGUGGACUGCCUUUCUUGAUCUUUUACAAGUUCCUCUCUCUCGGAGUAAUAUUCCUUUUCUCCGAUUGGAUGGAACUUUAAGUCAACAGCAGAGAGAAAAAGUAAUAAAGGAGUUUUCAGAGGAUAAUGGAAUUCUGGUGUUGUUGAUGUCACUUAAAGCUGGUGGAGUUGGAAUAAAUUUGACAGCUGCUUCAAAUGCCUUCGUUUUGGACCCAUGGUGGAAUCCAGCAGUUGAAGAACAAGCAGUUAUGCGCAUUCAUCGCAUUGGGCAAACUAAAAGUGUGAAAAUAAAACGCUUUAUAGUGAAGGGUACUGUGGAGGAAAGGAUGGAGGCAGUACAAGCAAGAAAACAACGAUUAAUUUCCGGUGCCUUAACAGAUCAAGAAGUUCGAAGUGCACGAAUUGAAGAAUUGAAGAUGCUUUUUACUUGAUGCAGUAAAUGAAUCACAGAUUUGUUUUAUGAUGGGCUAUCCUUUUCCCUUGAAGCUGUUGGCUAAUUGGAAUGACCAGGGAAAUGAAUCAGCUUAAACCUAUUUUUAUGCAGGCCAACAGAUUUUGUUGUCCCAGACACAAGGGGGGAGGUCAGUAAAAUUUGGCUCAAGUAGUGUUUUUAUUUCUCUCUUAACAAUUUUUGAGUAAAGGCAGAGAGCUUGCUGUAAAUUAAUAGUAUUUAUUUAAACCACUUGUGUAUAGACUAGGGAGUUUAUAGCCAUAAGUUGGGUUUGUUAAUGAGUUAGACCAUAAAGAAUGAUGUGUUUAUUGGGUUGUAUACUUGGAAAUUUUGCAGAUGGGGAGGCAACAAAGUACAUAUUAUUAUUAUUAUGUUAUAAUUCUUUUAAUAUA